UGGCCCCGCUGCCAGGACUCUGCCUCUCCGCCUUCUUCACUGAGCAUCUCUCCUCCGCCGCCCGGGAUGACGGUGGUACCCAAGGACCACCUGCUGGAGCCCGAGGAGGCCGGCGGCGGCGGCGGCGGCAAUGCUCUGCAGGGCGGUUGCAGCUUUGGCAGCGAGCGCUCCGAGCCCGACCCCGAGCCGGCUGCCGGGGGGCCCGAAGACUGCUGCGGGGAGCGCGUCGUCAUCAACAUCUCGGGGCUCCGCUUCGAAACGCAGCUCAAGACCCUCUGCCAGUUCCCGGAGACGCUGCUGGGGGACCCCAAAAGGCGCAUGCGAUACUUCGAUCCUCUGCGCAACGAGUACUUCUUCGACCGUAACCGGCCCAGCUUCGACGCUAUCCUCUACUAUUACCAAUCCGGGGGGCGCAUCCGUCGCCCCGUCAAUGUGCCCAUCGACAUCUUUUCCGAAGAGAUCCGCUUCUAUCAACUCGGGGAGGAAGCCAUGGAGAAAUUCCGCGAGGAUGAAGGCUUCCUCAGAGAGGAGGAACGACCCCUCCCCAGGAGGGAUUUCCAACGCCAGGUUUGGCUCCUCUUCGAGUACCCCGAAAGCUCUGGCCCUGCUCGGGGGAUCGCCAUCGUGUCGGUGCUGGUGAUCCUCGUCUCCAUCGUUAUCUUCUGCUUGGAGACUUUGCCCGAAUUUCGAGAUGAGAAGGACUACCCUGUCUCCUCCACCUCGACGGCGCACGACCCAUUCCAGCAGGGCGAGGUGUUGCAGAUGGCGGGGCGCAAUGGCACGGCUGGGCCCCCCAAAGGUGCAUCCAGUUUCUCGGACCCUUUCUUCGUCGUGGAGACCUUAUGCAUCAUCUGGUUUUCUUUUGAGCUCCUGGUGCGUUUCUUCGCCUGCCCCAGCAAAGCCACUUUCUCCAGGAACAUCAUGAAUCUCAUCGACGUGGUGGCCAUCAUCCCUUAUUUCAUCACCUUGGGGACCGAACUGGCAGAGAGGCAGGGCAACGGGCAGCAGGCCAUGUCCCUGGCCAUCCUCAGGGUCAUCCGCUUGGUGCGGGUGUUCCGCAUCUUCAAGCUCUCCCGCCACUCCAAGGGCUUGCAGAUCCUGGGCCAGACCCUGAAGGCGUCCAUGCGGGAGUUGGGUUUGCUCAUCUUCUUCCUCUUCAUCGGUGUCAUCCUCUUCUCCAGCGCUGUCUACUUUGCAGAGGCCGACGACCCCACUUCGGGCUUCAGCAGCAUCCCAGAUGCCUUCUGGUGGGCAGUGGUCACCAUGACAACCGUAGGCUAUGGCGAUAUGCAUCCGGUGACCAUUGGGGGCAAGAUUGUUGGGUCGCUCUGUGCCAUCGCUGGGGUCUUAACCAUUGCUUUGCCGGUCCCGGUCAUUGUUUCCAACUUCAAUUACUUCUACCAUCGGGAGACCGAAGGGGAAGAGCAAGCCCAGUACUUGCACGUGGGGAGUUGCCAGCACCUCUCUUCUUCAGAAGAGGAGCUCCAAAAAGCCAGGAGUAACUCCACUCUGAGUAAGUCGGAGUAUAUGGUGAUUGAAGAAGGGGGUAUGAACCAUAGCACCUUUCCACAGACCCCCUUCAAAACAGGCAACUCCACUGCCCCCUGCCCCACAAACAACCCCAACUCCUGUGUCAACAUCAAAAAGAUCUUUACUGAUGUCUAAUGUCUGAUUCGAGUGACAUGCUGUGCUCAGUAUUCUGUGAAACAUGUCCCUUGGUCUGCCUAUGCCCUUGUUUUAUACAUUAACGGACCAUCCAUCCAUUGAGGACCCAGGAGAAGUGCAAGCACAGUUCCUUCACCCUCUCCCUGCUGCUUCAUACUGAAACAGGAGUCUUUUUUGCAAGUGGGCUGCAUUCUUUCAGCUCUUUUUUGUUCUCUUGCCCCCCACCCCACUCGUCUUAAUGUGGUACACAGCAAACUUUCUUUAAAACUUGAUUGCUGCAACACUCCCUUAUUUGAAAACAAAAAAACAAAAAACCUACAUCCUGAGAGGAAAUGAAACUUAACUGUUUAAUUUCAAAAUCAAAAGGCAUUCGUUUCUUUACUAAGUAAAGCAGGCAUAUAAAUGUUGAACUUGAAUGUUUAGUUCUGUUGCCUACACUGUGGCUCUGUAGAUGACAAAUAUGACAAUAACUUGUAAACCCACCAACGUUUCUGAGCUGUCUUCUCGGAACUGUAAGGAUCUCUACAACUUUGAACAAAGAGAAAUACCCAGAAUGUCCUGAGAUGACUAGUUUAACUCUUUUGAAGCUAGCUUAUUAAGCAUUUGAAACGUAUUAGAAAUUCCAUGGUGUAUGUUCCAACCAGCUUCUAUCCAAGUCCAGAAACAGAUGUUUUCAGUGCAGCUGAGAGAAACAACCA